AUGUCUCCCACCCGGUCCGGCUGGUGUCUUGGCAGGUGGACCUACAGCUGUGUGGACGUGGUGGACGGGCUGGGGGAGGAUGUCUCCCAUCCGGUCCGGCUGCGGCACCUUCAAAUCCCGUUCAGCUGGGCUGAGGAGGUCUUCUUCGAUGAUAUCAGCUUCAGCACAGAGGAAAAAACACUUAUCUCGCGCCGUCCAGCAGCCCGUCUUGGUGCCGACCCGCUGUUCGUGCGAGAUGUCCAGGUCAUGAGCUCGUCUGACCCCUUGACCGUCCAUAUGACCCUGGAGGUGGCCCAGUGUGCGUCCAGUCUGUCUUUGUUCCGAGUGGCCGGAACAAACGGGACAGCCCUGAGCGACACGUCCAAGCUGGACAGCCUGGAGAUGACGGGCGCCGAUUGGGGGGCCGCCUCCGUCCGGGUGGCGAGGAACGUCAGCGCCAGCCCCCCGCCGUCCGGCACCUGGGACAUCAUGUUCGACGGACGCACCAUCGCAGGCGUGCCGACCAAUCUGACGGCGGAAGGCAUGACCCUGCUGCUGGGCACAGGGCUGGCCAUGCCCGGCAUGAUCGUCGCCCGCUGGGGCGCGUGCCACAACCUCCACUGGAACGUCGCCUUCCGCCACCACGGCGGGCGGCAGCCGCUGCUCGCCGUUAACGGCAGCGGCGUGCUCUUUGACGGUGACAACCUGCAGGUCGGCGUGUGGAAGGACACGACGAGCGGGGAGGGCGGUGUGACGCACCCGUACCUGCCGGCGGACCUGACCCGCCAGCCGCUGGCGCAGGCCGCCCUGCAGGUCCAGGUCAGCGUGGCCAGCGUGACGGGUCAGUGCGCCAGCGACUGUCAGGUCACGUACGACGCCGCGCUCAACUCUCUGGUCACCGCCGUCACAUCGGAAAUCGAGGACGACACAGGAGACGUCACCGUGGCCCUGACCGGGGUCAACCUGGGCUCGACCGCCGAGGGGGUCAGUGUGACCUUGACCGGCGCCGUGGCCACCCGCAGCUGCACCGUGACCUCUGCCACGAGCACCCAGGUCACGUGCACUGCCAACAGCGUGCAGGCGGGGAGGUACAACGUGACCCUGACCGUUUCCAAUCAAGGCAUGGCUUCCGGUGGCGGCUCUGUGGACGUGACCCCGCUGUUGACCUCGGUGACGCCGGGUCAAGGCAGCCCGCUCGGCGGUACCGUGAUCUCCGUGCGGGGCCGCCGGCUGCCGCACGCCCUGGCUGGCUGGCAGUUUGGCGAAGUCACCGUAGGCGGCGCCACCUGCCGAGUUAUCAACACUACGUCUACAGCCUCCAGCUGCGAGAUCCAGGGCACUGUGGGGGAGGCUGCCACAGCGGCGGACGUGACGGUGGCCUUCGGUGACCGGAGUACGGCGCUCGCCGCGGCGUUCAGCCCGCUGGCCGAGAACGCCGUGCUCUCCGCCAUCAACGAGUCCGACCCCUGA